AUGGCAGAGCAGGAUGUGGAACAGGAGCUUCUGGAUUACGAGGAAGAUGACGAGCCCCAGGCUCCCCCAGAAAGCGCCCCAGCCCCCCCCAAGAAAGACGUCAAGGGCUCCUACGUUUCCAUCCACAGCUCUGGCUUCCGGGACUUUCUGCUGAAGCCAGAGCUGCUGAGGGCCAUCGUGGACUGUGGCUUUGAGCAUCCGUCUGAGGUCCAGCACGAGUGUAUUCCCCAAGCCGUCCUGGGGAUGGACAUCCUAUGCCAAGCCAAGUCCGGGAUGGGCAAGACGGCAGUCUUUGUGCUGGCCACCCUGCAGCAGAUCGAGCCCAUCAACGGACAGGUGUUGGUCCUGGUCAUGUGCCAUACUCGGGAGCUGGCCUUCCAGAUCAGCAAGGAGUAUGAGCGCUUUUCCAAGUAUAUGCCCAAUGUCAAGGUGUCUGUGUUCUUCGGUGGCCUUUCCAUCAAGAAGGACGAAGAGGUGCUGAAGAAGAACUGCCCGCACGUGGUGGUGGGGACCCCGGGCCGUAUCCUGGCGCUUGUGCGGAGCAGGAACCUCAGCCUGAAGAACGUGAAGCACUUCGUGCUGGAUGAAUGCGACAGGAUGUUGGAGCAGCUGGACAUGCGGCGGGACGUGCAGGAGAUCUUCCGCCUGACCCCCCAUGAGAAGCAGUGCAUGAUGUUCAGUGCCACCCUGAGCAAGGAGAUCCGGCCCGUCUGCAGGAAGUUCAUGCAGGAUCCCAUGGAGGUGUUUGUGGACGAUGAGACCAAGCUGACACUGCACGGACUGCAGCAGUACUACGUCAAGCUCAAGGACAGCGAGAAGAACCGCAAGCUCUUCGAUCUCCUGGACGUGCUGGAGUUUAACCAGGUGGUUGUCUUCGUGAGGUCUGUGCAGCGCUGUAUGGCCCUGGCCGAGCUCCUCGUGGAACAGAACUUCCCGGCCAUAGCCAUCCACCGGGGCAUGGCCCAGGAGGAGCGCUUGUCACGCUAUCAGCAGUUCAAGGAUUUCCAGCGGCGCAUCCUGGUGGCCACCAAUCUGUUUGGCCGGGGGAUGGACAUCGAGCGGGUCAACAUCGUCUUCAACUAUGACAUGCCCGAGGACUCGGACACCUACCUACACCGGGUGGCCCGUGCGGGCCGCUUCGGCACCAAAGGCCUGGCUGUUACUUUUGUAUCUGACGAGAAUGAUGCUAAAACCCUCAAUGAAGUCCAGGAUCGAUUCGAAGUGAAUGUGGCAGAGCUUCCAGAAGAAAUUGACAUCUCCACAUACAUUGAGCAGAGCCGGUAA